CGCACCGCAACGUCGUGGCGGCGGCUCCUGAGGCGGUCGGCGGAGGCCUGGGACGCGGGGCGCGACCUCCACGAAGCUUCUCCGGCUCUGAGUUCGCCAGGCCUGCACCAUGGACUUCCAGCACCGCCCCGGGGGCAAGACCGGGAGUGGGGGCGUGGCCUCCUCCUCCGAGAGCAACCGGGACCGCCGCGAGCGCCUGCGGCAGCUGGCCCUGGAGACCAUCGACAUCAACAAGGACCCCUACUUCAUGAAGAACCACCUGGGCUCCUACGAGUGCAAGCUGUGCCUGACCCUGCACAACAACGAGGGCAGCUACCUGGCACACACCCAAGGGAAGAAGCAUCAGACCAACUUGGCCCGGCGCGCGGCCAAGGAGGCCAAGGAGGCGCCCGCCCAGCCCGCGCCCGAGAAGGUCAAGGUGGAGGUGAAGAAGUUCGUGAAGAUCGGCCGCCCGGGCUACAAAGUGACCAAGCAGCGGGACACGGAGAUGGGCCAGCAGAGCCUGCUUUUCCAGAUCGACUACCCUGAGAUCGCCGAGGGCAUCACCCCCCGGCACCGCUUCAUGUCGGCCUACGAGCAGAGGAUCGAGCCCCCGGACCGGCGCUGGCAGUACCUGCUCAUGGCCGCCGAGCCCUACGAGACCAUCGCCUUCAAGGUGCCGAGCAGGGAGAUCGACAAGGCCGAGGGCAAGUUCUGGACCCACUGGAACAGAGAGACCAAGCAGUUCUUCCUGCAGUUCCACUUCAAGAUGGAGAAGCCCCCGGCCCCGCCCAGCCUCCCUGCCGGGCCUCCGGGGGUGAAGCGGCCCCCGCCCCCGCUGAUGAACGGUCUGCCCCCGCGGCCACCCCUGCCGGAGUCUCUGCCCCCGCCCCCACCCGGCGGCCUGCCCCUGCCUCCCAUGCCCCCCACGGGGCCUGCGCCCUCGGGGCCCCCUGGGCCCCCCCAGCUGCCCCCUCCAGCCCCAGGAGUGCACCCCCCCGCCCCAGUGGUCCACCCCCCCACAUCUGGGGUCCACCCGCCAGCCCCCGGGGUCCACCCCCCGGCUCCUGUGGUUCACCCCCCUGCACCUGUGGUGCACCCCCCGGCUUCUGGGGUGCACCCCCCCGCUCCAGGGGUCCAUCCUCCAGCCCCGGGGGUCCACCCUCCAGCGCCAGGGGUCCACCCCCCAGCCCCCGGGGUCCACCCUCCAGCGCCAGGGGUCCACCCUCCCCCAGCGGCUGGAGUUCAUCCUCAGGCCCCGGGGGUGCACCCGCCGGCACCCGCGGUCCACCCCCAGGCCCCAGGGGUCCACCCAGCGGCCCCCGGGAUUCACCCCCAGGCCCCGGGGGUCCACCCCCAGCCUCCUGGUGUCCAUCCUGCGGCUGCUGGGGUCCACCCCCAGCCCCCCGGCGUCCACCCCUCCAACCCCGGGGUGCACCCUGCUGCCCCCAUGCCCCCAAUGCUGAGGCCCCCACUCCCCUCGGAAGGCCCAGGGAACAUCCCUCCGCCUCCCCCCGCCAACUGAGAAGCCGCCCGCCCCCGAGCCUGGUCCUCUGUGCCCCCCUUCCCACGUUGGUUUAUUAAAACGUUUUCUAA